AUGAAGCCAAAAAUAUCAGAUUUUGGCAUGGCCAGAAUAUUUAGUAAUGAUGAUCUUGAAGCAAACACAAGCCGUAUUGUCGGAACAAUUGGUUAUGUUCCUCCUGAGUAUGCUCGAAAAGGCAUAUACUCUACCAAAUCCGAUGUUUAUAGUUUUGGGGUUCUACUUCUACAGAUCAUAAGCGGCAAAAAGAUUUCCCUUUUACACGGUCCGAAUGAAUGUUCGAGCCUUUUAGACUAUGCAUAUGAGCUAUGGAAUGAUGGUAAAGGCAUGGAGUUUAUGGAUGAAUCACUAGAUGAUACAUAUUCAUCCUAUAAAUUACUGAAAUGCUUGCAAAUAGCUCUAUUGUGUGUCCAAGAAAAUCCAACUGAUCGACCAUCCAUGUUGGAAGUUUUCACGAUGCUAAAAAAUGUGAACACUAAUAUAAUGAUUCCAAAAAAGCCCGCUUUCUCAAAACAAAAUGAACAGAAUAAACAUACAAGAAAGUUGGAAGGUUAUUCUGGGAGCACCUCAUCAAUUAAUGAUGUAACAAUUUCAGAUUUUGUAGCCAGAUAA